CGAUCGUGGCCGUGCUAUUCUGACAGAUGGCUGCCCUUUUUCGAUGGGUUUCCGUUCACUUUUUGGUUGCAUUUAAAAACCUCAUCGUCAUCUCUGUACCCCAAACGUAUAUAUAAAGCAUUAGGUACACGCAGACGCGCGCAACAAACAGCUGCAAUUCUUUAUACCAAUUCACAAUGACAUUUAUGGAAAGCCAAUACCUUUUUGCACAUCCUUUUGGUACUUUAACGUCGGCAAACUGGCGAAAGUAUCCCAAUGAAUACUCUUCACAUGUUCUCUCCGUGGACAUCCUUUCACGAUGCAUCGACCCACAAACGGGCGUCCUACGAACAGAGCGUUUAUUGUCCAUCAAACAAUCCGCACCCGCAAUAGUAAGAAAAUUGUUGCCGAUACCAGAAGUGUCGUACUUUCGGGAAGUCUCGUUUCUGGAUCCCAAGGAGCGAACUUACAAGGCGGUUUCGAACAAUCUGAGUAUGCGAUCCAUUGUGGAUGUGGAAGAGACGUGCGAGUUUAAGGCUGAUCCACAAAAACCUGACGGUGGGACGGUUUUUAACCAGAGAGCGGAGGUCAAGGUUUUUGGAGCUUUGAAUUACGUAGCUCGAAUGCUUGAAGAGGCCGCCGUAAACUCGUUCAAGGCCAAUGCUGCAAAGGGAAGGCAAGGAUUGGAGACAGUCGUAGACAUGGUUUUGAAUGAAGCAAAGACGGUAGAGGCGGGAUUAAAAGAGGGGUAUGAGGCUGGCAUCGAGGGACUGAGAAAAGGCACUGUUGGGGUAUGAGCGCAAAGGCUUAGGAACUGUAUAUUAUUCUCUCUCUUCAUUUUUCCUGAAUAUAUUCACCAAUACGACCAGUACUACAUGGUACUAUCCAUCACUCGA